AUGGCACCUCCUACCUGGACUACACCCGAGCAGAGCGAAUGGCUCGUGUCCAUGAAGCCGGCGUUCCAUGAGGCUCGUGUCAAGGGUCGCCAGAAGACCUGGCACGCGUCCUUGUGCCUCAGUUGGUUCGUCAAGUGGCCCGAAAUCAAGGUUCUCUUCGGCGACGUUCUCGACAAGGACCUUACCCCGGAGCAGAGGGAGACGCUCGCAGCUGCCGAGCUCAAGAGGAAGGCGCAACUUACGCGCUGGUACCAAAACCAUGCCAGCGAGUCGCGCACGGCGCGCGCGGCAGCUGCGCCCCUCCCUCGCGAGGUCACAGGGCUCACGAAGACGAGGCGGGCACCUCACGCGAGGGAGGUGUACAUCCGCAUGUACUACGACGAGGCCAGGCGUGACCGUGUCCGUGCCGCCCUCGAGGCCGCCCGCAACGGCAGCACUCAGCCCCUCUCGCGCGCCCAAACCUUCUCGAUCACGCGCAAGACCUUGGAGGAGAUAUACGAGGCAGAACCGGCCGAGGUAAAAGACGCGGUUGCCCGGCGCGUUGAUACGGAGAGGCGCCUCUUGGCCAUCCCAGCUGCCAAUGCGAACGCGGCCCCAAACCGGACGCCGGAAGAUUAUCAGCGGUAUGUCUCGCAUCCUUGCCCAUCGCACGCCGCGCACCUCAUUGACGGGAUUAACAGUGCGAUCAAUGCAGCCCCCGGGUGGCUUGAGCGUAUCGUAUCGCCCAUCGCGGACGUGUGCGGAUGGUGCUUCACCGUCGUGGGGGCAGGCCCUAGCCCUCAGGAAGGAGGGGAGAUUGCCAGUUUUGCGUGA